GCGGGGCGGCGCGGCCCUGGUGACACGUCCCGGCACCGCCCGCCGCCGCGCUCCCGCCGCCAUUUUGUGCGAGUCGCGGCCGGGGCCGAGAGGGUUUGGGAGCCGCGGGGAGGGAGCUGGGCUCUUUCCUGCGCCGCCAUGCCUUCCUCGCCGCUCCGCGUGGCCGUGGUGUGCUCCAGCAACCAGAACCGUAGCAUGGAGGCGCACAACAUCCUCAGCAAACGAGGAUUCAGCGUCCGAUCCUUUGGAACAGGGACUCAUGUGAAACUGCCAGGACCAGCACCGGACAAGCCGAAUGUUUAUGAUUUCAAAACAACAUAUGAUCAGAUGUACAAUGAUCUGCUUAGGAAAGACAAAGAACUAUACACACAGAAUGGGAUUUUACACAUGUUGGACAGAAAUAAGAGAAUCAAGCCACGACCAGAAAGAUUCCAGAACUGCAAAGAUGUUUUUGAUUUGAUCCUAACGUGUGAAGAAAGAGUCUAUGAUCAAGUAGUAGAAGAUUUAAAUUCCAGAGAGCAGGAGACAUGUCAGCCCGUACAUGUGAUCAAUGUGGACAUUCAGGAUAACCAUGAGGAGGCAACGCUGGGUGCAUUCCUUAUCUGUGAGCUCUGCCAGUGUAUACAGCACACAGAAGACAUGGAAAAUGAAAUAGAUGAGCUGUUACAGGAAUUUGAAGAGAAAAGUGGAAGGACUUUUCUUCAUACUGUCUGCUUUUAUUAAAGCACAUCUGUCUCUUAGGCCUUAAUAGAGAUGAGGAAAGCAUGUGUUUCAAGUUCUGACUAUACUGUAUUUUCCUGGAAAAUGACUAUUGUUCUUUUUUUGGUUUAAAAGCUCCUUUUCAGUGUCUUUUUGUUUUGUUUCAGGUAUUCUGUCACAGGGAGGCAGAGAUACUGGUUGGCAUUGUACAUAUGAGAUGAUUAAAAGUAUACGCAAAGGCCACCUAUUUAAAAAUGCAAAUCAAGUUUUUCUUUAAAUCCUACUUUAGUUGUUACAAAGUAGGGUUUUAAUUAUAAAGAGAAUGUUUCAUGAAUAUUAAGUUUAUAAUGGAUUUUUCCAGCCUACAAAUUUAUUUUAUUUCAGUUGUGCUUUUUCUGUUUUUUAUUUGAAUGUGACAGAAUGGCUGAAUUACGUGAGGAUCUGAAUGGAACGAUAUAAAAAUGAGUAUCUGUAUAUUAUUAAAGUUGGAAGCAUCCAAUAAAAGUGAAAACCCUGGAA